AUGAACACCCAACUCAGACCGCACGGAAUUCUUUACUUCCUGCUGCAGAUGGCGUCACUAUGCAACCUCCUCCGUUCCCGCUUUCCGAUUCCCAAAAGCCCUCUGGUGACUUCUCUCCGACUGGAACUCUUCUCCACAUUCUCGGACUACGAACAGAUGGAAACUCAAGAUCAAGAAACCCAAUUCCCAAUCACUAUUACAAAGCCCACACUCCCACCAAUCGAACUCUCACCGGAUGCAGACUCACUCUCCCAAAUCUUAAUUCACCACCACAACCCUUUUCACCACAUGGAGUCGUCCCUUCAACUCAACGGAAUAUCCCUCACCCCUUCCUUGAUUCAGCAGACUCUCCUCCGGUUAAAACACCAUUCGAAAAUUGCGCUUGCCUUUUUCAAAUAUUCACAAUCCUACCACCAUUCUUGUUCUUCUUCCUUUUCACUGCUUGAUACUUGUUGUUACAAUGUACUGAUUGAUAUACUGUGCAGGGUUCGUCAGUUUGAUGCGGCAUGGCAACUUAUUUUACAGAUGGAUAGUCAGGAAAUUGGGACUCAGUCGAAACCCAAUUUCACAACCUUUUUCAUUUUAAUUCGUAGAUUAGUUUCUGCGGGAUUGACUAGAACAGCAGUUCGUACUUUUCAUGAUAUGGGUGUUUUUUUGAAUGAUGUAUUUGACUCGCGGUUUUCGUAUUGUUUUUGUUACCUUUUGGAUACUCUUUGUAAGUAUGGAUAUGUGAAGGUGGCUACUGAGGUGUUUAAUAAGGAGAAAUAUAGAGUUGAGGCUGACUUUAAGGUUUAUACAAUUUUGAUAUAUGGUUGGUGUAAAAUAGGGAAAAUCGAAAUGGCUCAAAGGUUUUGGAGGGAGAUGUUGGAGAGGGGGAUUGAGCCAAAUGUCGUUACCUAUAAUGUGUUGUUGAAUGGGAUUUGCCGGCACGCUAGUUUGCAUCCAGUGGGGAGGUUUGAGAAGGUCAUUAGGGAUGCGGAGAAGAUGUUUGAUGAAAUGUGUGAGAAAGGAGUAGAGCCUGAUGUCACAAGUUAUUCGAUUUUACUUCAUGUUUAUAGCCGGGCACAUAAGCCCCAGUUGUCAUUAGACAAGUUGAAUAUGAUGAAAGAAAAGGGUAUUUGCCCAAGUGUGGCAACAUAUACAUCAGUCGUGAAGUGUCUUUGUUCAUGUGGGAGGAUUAAAGAUGCUGAGGAUUUGAUAAAUGAGAUGGUGCUUAAUGGUGUUAGUCCCACGGCUAUGACUUUUAAUUGCUUUUUUAAGGAAUAUAAGGGGAGAAGUGAUGUAGAAAGUGCAAUGAAGUUGUACAAGAAAAUGAAGGAAGGCGGUUUGUGGUGUUCACCAAGUAUACAUACAUAUCAUAUAAUGCUAGGAAUGUUUUUGAAGUUGGGUAAAAUGGGGCUUGCAAGGGAGAUUUGGGAUGAUAUGAAAGCUAGUGGAACUGGACCAGAUUUGGAUGGUUAUACAUUGUUGAUUCAUGGAUUGUGCGAGAAGAGAAAAUGGAGAGACGCUUGUGAGUUUUUCAUGGAGAUGAUAGAGAAGGGAUUUCUUCCGCAGAAGGUGACUUUUGAGACACUGUAUCGAGGAUUGAUACAAGCUGAUAUGUUGAGGACUUGGAGAAGGUUGAAAAAGAAGCUUGAGGAGGAAUCGAUAACUUUUGGUUUGGAAUUUGAAGAGUAUCACCUAAAGCCAUACAGGAGAUGA